CAGCAGCAGCAGCAGCCGGCGGCGCCCGCGCCGCAGGUCCCGGCGCACGGCGCGCGCUCCCCCGCGCUGUUCGAGCGCGCCGCCUCCGAGCCCUGCGAGGACCUGGGCCGGCGCGGGCAUUUCAUCUGCGGCGGCCCAGUCACCAACGUCCCGCCCCCCGCCAUCGGCAAGGCGGCGGCGGUGUACGGCCACAGCCUGGACAGCGCGCAGUUCCGGCCCAUCACGCCGGUGCCGGCGUCGCCCGCGGGGCGCGGGCCCGGCGGCGGCGGGGGCGGCGCGGGCGGCGGC